UCCCAGUGCUGACCGCACCGGAGCGUGUGCCCAGUGGGCGCGGACUUGGUGAGCAGGUCUCCCGGGGCCGGGUGGCCCGGGGCCGGGGCACCAGCGCCAGGAGGACGGAGGGCGGACGCACUGGGCCCAGAGAUGGACGGAGACUGGAUGCGCAGUCACUCGGGGGCCCCAGCCCCGACUACUCUGGACACAGACGGUGCUGAGACGCCCACGGGGCUCCGAGCAGAGGACCGGCCUGACAUGUGAAGGACGUGGGGUGCGGGGAGCCAUUGACCAGCGGCCCACGGACGGAGGGAGAUGCAGACCCACAGAGGGCUGGGGGCACCCUCACACCAUCUCCCCGACCGGUUCAGAGAGGAAUCUGCGGCUGCAUCGCGGAACCAACGAGAGAGGAAGAGGGCAGUGGGCCCGGCCACUUGCACCAUGACCAGCUGUCGCCACCAUUCGGGAUACUUGGCGGACGACGAGGCUGGCCACACCACCUACAUGGCCCGGGUCCAGCCACCUAAGAAGUCACUGUUCCCGGAAAUGGGGCAAGCCUCCAAGCUGGGCCACACACCACACCCCACUUCGACGCAUGGCCCCUCAGGCAGUUCAGGGCUCUGCAGCCACCGCCGAAACCCCAAGGGCCCUCGACCCUUUAGGAGCUUCCUGGAUUUCCUUGUCGAGGGUCAGGUGCUGGACAGCCUGCAGACAGUGGUGGAGGAGGCAACUGAGCGCAUGGCCACCAUAAAGACAGAGGCUGGGGUGCCGCUGGUGGAGGUGGAGGACCCGAUGGAGGUGCCGAGGGGUGGGCGUCAGGCGCGGGCCCGGCCCAUCCUCAGUACCGUGCACCAGCACUGCACCCGGCCGAGCCUCUGCAUGGGGCGUCCCAACAAUUACCCGUCCUGCUCCAGCUCCACGUCCGACUCCCACAGCAGCUUCACGGCCAACUGGCCGGGCUCCCAUAGCUGGGACAGCGACCUGGGUGCCCGCAGCUUGGGUGCACUGCCACCCAUGAAGGACAGACUCCUGCUGGAGAAGAACCUCAAACGGCUGCUGCAGCUGGAGAACAGAGGGGACAUGGUCAACCAGGCUGUGGACAAGCUCAGUGGUGCCUGCCGCCGAGACGGCUGCCCUCUCUUCCUGUCAGAAUGGGAGCCCUCCCCAGAGUCCAGCUCCAAGCUGGUCACACCCACUGAUGGGGAGGAGCCCUACGAUUUGCUGCCCACCACAACCUCCAGUCCCAGGAUGGAGCACAGAAAGAGCAUCAAGUACAGGGGACGCGGCAAGGCCAAGGAAGGUGGCUCCCCGGUGUCUAGCACCCAAGUGGACACCAGGUUCCGGCUUGAGCGCCCCAGUUACAAGUUCACCAAGAAGAAGACGCUGCCCUCCAUCCCGUCCAAGUGCACCACCAUGUCCCGCCUCUCCAACCCCUGGCACGAGGAGCUCGUUGACUACCUGAAGGGCCAGGCUGUGUCCUUGCUUGCCUACAAGUACAGGUUUGAGAAGAACCUCACUGGGCAGCUGGGCUUCAUCUCCUUCCCCAUCACCGAGGCACUCCUGGACCUCUUCCUGGGCUUCAGGGAGGUGAAGGGCUCGCGCAUCCGUCUGUCCUCCACAAUCGACUGGAGCUGCCUGCUGCGCAGGCUGGAGGAGGCCGAGUUUAGCCAGCGGUCACCCCAGCGGGAAUCCCGGCCCCCUUCCCAGCACACCUCCCAGCACAGCACCCCCCAGCGCAGCAUGCGGACACCCACCGCGCCAUCCAAGCUGGCCGCCAGGACCCACAGGGUCCAGGACAAGCCCACAGGGUCCCGCCUCAACAUGAGGUCCCUGGAACCCCGGCUGCUCGCCUCACAGGAGCGCCUGCCAGCCGUGGAGCAGGAGCCCGCCAGACCGCCAGAGCCCAAGCUGUUCCCGUCCCCCACCAACACUGGCGUGGCCUCCCAUCAGUCCGACCAGGCAAUGGACAUGGAGGACCACCAGAGCAUCGAGGAGGAGGAGGAGGACAAGGAGGAGGAUGGAGAGGAGGAGGAAGAGGACGAGGAUGGCUUUGGAGAUGAGGGCGAACCCCAGAGCUCCCCGGAGCCUCAAGAGGAGGCCGUGGUCAGCGCCACGGCGGCAGGCUCAGGUGUGGGCCAUGGUGACUGCCCAUGGGGCCCCUGAAGUGCACCGAGUGCUCCAUGCCCCACUCCUCCCGCCCCAGGGGCCACUGCCCUCGCAGCCAUCCCGCCCCGAGCAGAGGUCAGAACAGCUGGUGCCCACGAGGAACUCUGCUGAGCCUCUCAGGGGAGCCAACGGGAGAAAUAAAGCUUG